CCUCUCCCCUCCUUCCCGCCGGCCGCGGCUUCUCCGCACACCUACGCUCGCCUCCGUAGCCCCUCAGGAUGUGGAUCUUCCCCAUCAAGAUCGACUCGGCUGACCAGCCCGGUGCCUGGUCUGAGAUCGAAGAGAACUCGCUCUUCCUGCUGCAGGAGCGUCAGUCUACCCCACUGACGGUCAAAUCUCUAGCGGCCCGCCUGCUUGGCACGUCGCCCUAUUCGACAUCCCCGACAGCUGGUGCCUCCGGUGGCCGGGGGAGCGCCCCCCUUUCGGCCAAAGACGUUGCCUUCCGGAUCUCCUCCGGCGAUGAUAGCCAGUUCCGCUUUCGCAUUCUCCUUCGGCAUCGGAGUUGCAAGUUUGUCGUGUCCGUGGCCAAUACCCUGGAGGCCAUCCGCGUCGACUGGACAUGGAUCGAGCAGGUCCCCUUCCGCAAGGUGUCCGAAGUGAUGAUGAUCUCCACCUCGCCCAUCGAUGGCACCAGCCCCACGGCAUCCUUCCCUGGGCCCGCCACCGGGGCUGCUCCCACGUCGGCAGAGGUGAUGUCGAUGCCGGGCCCCGGCACUUCGGCUGCCUUCGCCACCGCUGCCCUCGCUGCCUCGGGGCUUGAGAUCCCCACCGCCUCCCCGGGAUUGGCAUCGCGCUCGGUUAGCGGGCGCUUCCGCGACACCCCUCCAUCUCCCUUCCGCACAUCGGAUGACGCCCAUGCUCCGCCCACCUCCUCCAGCCUGUCUUUCCAGCUACUAGCCGACGCCGCCGGACCAAGCACCCCCGGCUCUGGUCCCCCGUCCCAUACAUCGCUCCCUGUUCCGGAGUGCCCUACCUCGGGAGGCUCCCCCCCCGGUGGUGGCCCCAGCGUCGGUGGCCAGCCUGAGCCGGACUGUUCCAGCCACCACCACCACCACCAGCAGCAGCAGCAGCAGCAACAACCAGCCCCCCCGACCCCGGCCACCAUCGCUGCCAACCGGCCUCUGACCAAAAAGCUCUCCAGCACCGAGUCGCCCUCCUGCUCGCUGCCCGGUUCACCGAGCCUCCCACUGAUGGCCGACACCGGGGACGACUCCUUGGACCUGGCCGCCGGCGGGGAUCCCCGGGAUGCCGAUGACACCCAGACCUUCCGCCCGCAUACCAGGUUCCAUCUGGGACCGGACCCCAGCGCCAGCCUCUCGACCGCCUCGACGUCAGCCUCAGCCUCAUCCUCAGUCGGCGCUCUGGCCGCCGGCGGCCACCCCUCUCAUCAUCACUCGGCGCCGGGUGUCGGCCAGUGCGCCCCUUGCGGGAGCACCUUCCACACGCCAACUUGCCCGGCAUGCGUCCCGACCCCCGGCCCGGGCCAACGACCUGCCGGUCCCUCCGGGAAUAAGGCCAUCCAGUCUGUGGUGUCCCCGCCCAUUUCGGCCAUGCCCUCGUCGUCGCUCUCGCCGCCGACCCCACCCCCCUCAGCCGGGCCGGCCUGGGCCCGGCGCCGGUCCUCCCUGGAUCUGACCGAGCUUUUGACAUCGCUGCCGGCCGAGGACGCCCUCGGCGCCGGGCGGAUCGCCGGGCAUCGGCAAUCGACCGCUCCUCUGCCUGUGCGCGGACAUGCGGCCGCGAUGGCCGCAACCACCGCCGCCGAGCAGCAACAGCAGCGCGAGCUCUUCUAUGCGUUUGUCCCAUCGCCACCCUCCUCUCGUUCUUCCCUAUCGGAGGCAUUGUUGCGGGAUGCCAGUCCGGCCGGCGGUGCACCACCGCCGCCCUCCGAUCGCCGCAGUUCUCUUGGCCUCUCGCACAUGCCUCCCCCUGGGUCUUCGGAUGCCCCUCCCCCAUCACAAGUUGCAAGCACCACCCCCCGCCCGGGGUCCGUCUCGACCGCGGCCGAUGCCGGGCCAAUGCCCUUCCCCGGCUUCAAUGAGCACAUUGACCUCUGGCUGUUGAAGCUUUUCACCACCAAGGCCCAUGGCGAUGAGUCGGACGAGUCUCUGAUCCAUGAGCUGACCGCCAACAUGGGGGUUGAGACGGCCGAGGCACGCGCCACCGGCCGCUCUGCCGCUGUCGCCCCCCCUGAGCCCGAGCCCGGUGACUUGCAGCGGCCAUCGCAUCACCCGGCCCCGGCGCUGGCCGCCGCGGGCCACGACCUCUUUGCCUCUCCGCAGGAUUUGGCCUACGAGGCCCCGGGGUCCGGGGGGGCCGCAGGGGGGCCAUCACGCGGGUCGUCCGGGGGGGUACCCCUCCGGGCCGAGUCCUCCGGCGGGAGUGCUCGCCAGAGCGAGCUCGACACCCCGCCAUCCAGCUACAUCCCGACGCCGUCGUUGCUUCGGGCCAAUUCCGGCCCCAGUGGCGGCAUGGCGCGACCCUUCUCAGCGAUCUACCCCUCGACCGGGGUCGGCCUUCACGCCGGGGGCGCCUCCCUGCAUGGGUCCCCCUAUGUCGAUGGUUCGGCCAAUGGUGGUGUCGGGCCUGGUGGCCUGCUCCGGCCAUUGUCCCUCCAUCAGGAUGCCUUCUUCCGGCCAUCUCGCGAGCCGGAUUCCCCCUCCUCCAUUGGGUCCUCGGAUCUGGGCCUCUCACCGCCGGGAUCUGCCACCGGCGAUCGGCUGCCCCCCUCGCUGAUCCACCGCCACGGUUCCUUCGACCUGGGACAGGGUGAGCUCCGUCUUUCGGCCAGUGGGCCAUUGCUGCCGGUCACCGGUGCCGGUAGCCCAACCUAUCCGGUGGCCCUGCCGGCCCAUCUGCUUGGCCCCGGCGGCCGGCCCUUGUCGGCUUCCUUCCGCAGCCCGGGGCCUGGCCUGUCGCCGCUGGCUGCCGCCACCGGCCUUGUGCCGCACCAUCGGUCCAAUUCCCUGGGAACACUGGCACCCGGUGCCGGAAGCCUGGGGCCUCCCGGCCGGGCGUACUCCCCUACAGCCCUGAUCCCGGGCGGCAUGGCGGGACCCGGGGCUCUGGCCGGCGACCAAUCCAGCGAUUCGGUGGCCUUGGGCCCGGCCCCGGUCCCGGUGUCGGCCCCGGCCCCGGCUGUAACACUGCAGCUGCCGAAGGCCUUCCAGCAGGCUUUCUCCUGCCAUCCGACGACCCUGGUGCUGGACAUCCUGGAUGCGGAGUUCCGGUCGGCCCCGGCCACCCUGGUCCUGACGCCGGAGUGCGUCAUGCUCAUGAACGAGGCCGGCGCCACCGAGCGCGUUUACUUCAUCAGCGUCGAGUCGGUCUUCCUCACGUCCGAGGGCCGGCAGAUCUGCCUCUUCCGCGGGACGCCAGUCCUCUUUUCUCUGGUGCCCACGGGCAGUGGCGGUACCAGUGCCAGCGGCGGCUCCAUCGACGCGGCCCGGCUGGUGGAGCACCUGCGCCUUUUGUGUGACAUCGCCGCGCGACGCCUCUCCCGCGGCACGGAGGCCGAUUACAGCAACCCGGUGGAGCGCUUCCUCACCGGCGACCACGGCCUGGAUGUCCCGCACAUGGCCGCUCCCCGGCGGAAUAUCCUCCCCCAUGUGAUGGCCACGGCCUCCUCGCCGGUGGCUCUCUUCCGGCCGGACUCCACGGCCGAUGGCCGGCUUCUGUCCCCGCACGUGGCUCCCCCAACAGUCACUGGCAUGGGCUUCGAUCAGCUGAAUGCCUCGAAUGGGGCUGCUGGCUACGAGAUCGCCGCUCCGGGCGACAUGCUGCUCCUCGGUCCUGGCGGGGGGCCAGGCGGCUAUGGCUACUCGCCCUCGACCCUGAUGGGCGCCGGUAGUGACUUGGCCGUUGACCGGCUUCUCCAGUCGGCCGACUUCGAUCACCAUCCCACGGACCUGGGCCUGGGCCCGCCUCCGCAUAUGGCCGAUCUGGCGAGCUCCGCACAUGCACACGCCUCGCCGCUGCAUGCCCCCCACUCGGAGAUCCUCUCGCCGAAGGGCUUCUCUUUCGAGCAACUGAAGCUGGUCACCACAUGUCAGUUGCAGCGCAGUCUCUUCCGCCUGCCCCCGGAGGAGCAGCUCUUCUCGCACCGGCGCGCAUCGCUCCUCAUCCCGGAAGACAACCACUUCCUCUAUGGGCACAUCUUCCUGUGGAGCCGGUUCCUGACUUUCAUUUCGGAUGAGAUCACAUCCUUCGGUAAGCCCUCCGGCUCCUGGAGCGAUAUCGCCUUCAAGGCCCCGAUCACCAUUUACACCCGCACGAAGAACAAACUCAUCCAGAUCCGCGAUCCGCGUGGCGGUAACGAGCUCCAGGACAGCCUCCUGCUGCACUUGCGCUCGGUGUGCUAUCCAUACUCCUCGUCAAUGGCCCAGAUGGCUGCCCAGCGAAGCACCAAUGGAACGCCGGCCAGUUCGAUGCCGCCCCCUGGCGGUGUCCCAUCGGGCGUCGCGGCGGCCUGGCAUUCACCCUCGCAUUUGGCGGCCGCCUAUGGGGGCCCCGGCGGCGGCGGGCCUGCCUCUUCCCCAACCCUGGCCGACCCCUUCCUUUACCUCCCUCGUGCAGGGGGUCUGCCCUCGCCGGAUGUUUCCUUCCAUCCCUUGGGUCUGUUGCCAACCAUCACGGCUGCCGGGACUGUGUCCACCAAAACCCUGAACGAUUACUUUCCGCCCGAUAGUACCUCGGGUCUUGAGCCCUCCGAGAGCGAACUCGAGGCCUCGAACCAGCGCUGGGAAGCCAUCAUGAAGGGCACCCAUCUUGGCUCGGGCUGCCUCUACCGCUCCCUCUCCUUGGUCAGCGACUGCUGCAUCCACGGCAUCCCGUCACACCUCCGGCCCACGAUCUGGAUGCGCCUGAGCGGGUCCUGGAUCGAUCGGCCCUCGGACGAGUACUACCUCAAUCUUCUCGAGGGCAACCGAAACAAGCACACCCCGACCCUGGACGAGAUCGAGAUGGACCUGCAUCGGAGUCUUCCCGAGCACCCGGCCUUCCAGUCGGAUGUCGGCAUCUCCUCCCUGCGGCGCGUGUUGACGGCCUACUCUUGGCGCAAUCCGAGUCUCGGCUACUGCCAAUCCAUGAACAUCAUCGCCAGUGUCCUUCUUCUCCAGCUUCCGGAGCCCGGUGCGUCAGGCGCGCUGGCUCCGCCUCCUCCAUUUUCUCCCUCCUUCCCUUUGCCCUCUCAUCGGAUUCUCCCCUCGUACUAUACGAAGUCCAUGAUCGGCGCAGUUGUUGAUCAGCAUGUCUUCCGGUACCUGGUAUUCCGCGAGCUGCCGUGCCUCUUCCGGCACCUGGACCAGCGCGGCGUGGACCUCAAUUUGCUGAGUGUCCCCUGGUUCGUGUGCCUCUACUUGAACGCGGUUCCCCUGGCCUCGGCCCUGCGGGUGAUGGACAUGUUCUUCCUCGAGGGGCCGCGCUUCCUGUUUGUCUUCGGAUUGGCCGUGCUCAAGCACAACCAGAAGCGCAUCAUUGCCCUGCAGGAUGACGACGAGAUCAUCCACCUGCUGAAGGACUUCUUCUCCGGCCUGCGCGACGAUGCCCAGCAGAAGACCCUCACCACCAUCCUCGCCGACGCCACCUCCAAACAAUUCCGGUCGAUCACCUAUGACAUCAUCAACAAGCUCCGUGGGAAGUACCGCCUUGAGGUGGCCUGCAAGAUCGAGUCCACCUCGCGCAAAUCUCAGCUCCGCACCAUCGAGACGGCCGGCGUGGCUCCGAGCCUAUCCUUCGGCGACAUGGGCGCCAUUUACGACCUUGUGAAGCGUGUCAAGUUCGAGCACAACACCCUGGAGAGCCGGCACAUUUCCGAGAGGUACGGCACAUAG